AUGCUCCAGUCGGCUCCCUCCCAACACGACGAGGACCACAUUCCGGAGAAGGAGGAGUGGUGCAAGAACCUCUCCGAUCUUAAGGAUCAGCUGGCGAACCGCUUGACGCUUGCGCGGGACAACAAGGUUGUUAUCGAUCUGCCAGUCUCCGCAAGGCGAGACUGGCAGAAAGGUUACCUCCUUCGCGCGGCGUUCCAAAGCCAGGUGACCGCCUUCAAGGAUGCCGAGCUCCACCUCAAAGGAGACGGUCGGAAACCUCAACCACCUCCACCACCGCCACUGCUCCCGCUCCCGCCACCACCACCACCACUGCUCCCGCUCCCGCCACCACCACCACUGCUCCCACCACCGCUACUCCCACCGCGACCUCAACGGAACUCGGGCCCGCCACAGGAGCAGGAGACCCGGCAGGAGGAGGAGGAGGAGGAGGAGGAGGAGGAGGAGGAGGAGGAGACUCAUGAACGGGUGGGACCCAAGAAACGGACGCCGCGCAUAAGCGCCGAGAAGGCCAUCCACGAGGUGCCUUGUGCCAACUGCAAGAAAGUGGCCCGCACAUGCCACGUCGCCUCCACGGGCGUGUCGUGCUACGAGUGCCGCCGUGGGAAGGUGAAGUGCUCCCAUGUCAGAGAAUCAGACAAGGGGAAGAAAAAGAUCGCGGCACCCCCACCUCCCCCUUCAACCCCACCACCACCAGCGCCGGCUCCCAAGCCUAAACCUAGGCCGAAGCCGCGCCAGGCCAGGCCGCCAGGACACAUAACUAAGUCCAGCGAGCCAGCCGCCGUCGCACCGGCACAACCACGGCGGUGCCAGGCCCCCGCUCCGGACGUGCACCAAGCGGAAGAUCGCCGCCGUCGAGGAGGAGAGAGCGAGAGCGAGGACGGCGAGGCAGGAGGCAUACUUGGCCGGUCGGGUGUCAGGCCUCUCCAACAUCUUGCAGAUGAUAGAGAUGGCCUGCGCACUAUGAGGAAGGAGGUGGAGGAGAUGAUGGGCAGGUUACCAAGCGCCGCCGCCGCCGCCGCUAAACAGGAUACUUACUUUUUUAAUGUAUAA